UGCCGGGCCAUGUGAGCGGGCGGCGGGCACCGGGGGGCGCCGCGCUCCGGGCCGGCGGGGACGAUGCGCGCCGCCCGCACCUGACCAUGGAGUGCGCCCUGCUGCUGGCCUGCGCGCUGCCCGCCGCCCGCUCGGCGCCCGUGCUGCAGGCGCUCCAGCUGUGCUGCCUCUGCUGCGCGUCGGUCGCCGCGGCCAGCCACAGCGGCGGCGGAUUAAACGAGGAUUACGUCUUUGUCACGCCGGUGGAAGUGGACUCGAGUGGCUCCUACAUUUCCCACGACAUUUUGCACAGCAGCAGGAGAAAGCGGUGGGCGCCGAGCCCCAGCCGCUCCCGGCAUUACCGAUUUUCAGCAUUUGGACAGGAACUGCACUUGGAGCUGAGGCCGGCGGCAAUCUUAAGCAGUCACUUCAGCAUCCAGGUCCUGGGAAAGGACGGCACCCCCGCACCCCACGAGCCCCAGGUGCCUCGCUGUUUCUAUCAGGGAUUUAUCCGCAAUGACAGCACCUCCUCCGUGGCCGUGUCUACGUGCGCCGGGCUGUCGGGGCUCAUCAGGACACGAAGACACGAAUUCCUCAUCUCGCCAUUACCUCCGCGCCUGGCCCAGGAGCAUAACUUCAGCUCUCCCGCCGGCCACCAUCCUCACGUGCUGUAUAAACGGACGGCCGAGGAGACAGUGCAGGGAGGCCGGGCCCCCCCAAGUUCCAGACAACCCGGGCCCGGCCGCCCCCCACAUCCCACCCCCCACGCGACUCCGGAGCCACAGAACCAGCCUCCCCCUCCAAGGUGGCAAAAGCAGCAUUUUUGUGGACGACGCAAGAAAUAUGCUCCCAAGCCUCCCACCCAGGACACCUAUCUAAGAUUCGAUGAAUAUGGGAGCACAGGAAGACCCAGAAGAUCAGCUGGAAAGUCAUCAAAGGGCUUAAAUGUGGAGACCUUGGUGGUGGCUGACAAAAAAAUGGUGGACAAGCAUGGCAAGGGGAAUGUCACCACGUACAUCCUCACAGUCAUGAAUAUGGUUUCCAGCCUAUUUAAAGACGGGACCAUCGGGAGUGAUAUCAGCAUUGUCGUAGUGAGCCUCAUUCUUCUGGAACAAGAACCUGGAGGAUUAUUGAUUAACCAUCAUGCAGACCAGUCUCUGAACAGUUUUUGUCAGUGGCAGUCUGCCCUCACUGGGAAGAAUGGCAAGAGGCAUGACCAUGCCAUCUUGCUCACGGGAUUUGAUAUUUGUUCUUGGAAGAAUGAACCAUGUGACACUCUAGGAUUUGCCCCCAUCAGUGGAAUGUGCAGUAAGUACCGGAGUUGUACCAUCAAUGAAGACACAGGGCUUGGCCUGGCCUUCACCAUUGCCCAUGAGUCAGGGCACAACUUUGGCAUGAUUCACGACGGGGAGGGCAACCCCUGCAGGAAGGCGGAGGGCAACAUCAUGUCCCCCACUCUGACUGGCAACAACGGCGUCUUCUCCUGGUCCUCCUGCAGCCGGCAGUAUCUCAAGAAAUUCCUAAGUACCCCUCAGGCUGGGUGUCUGGUGGAUGAGCCCAAGCAAACGGGACAAUACAAAUACCCAGACAAACUACCAGGACAGAUUUAUGAUGCCGACACACAGUGCAAGUGGCAAUUUGGAGCAAAAGCCAAGUUAUGCAGCCUGGGUUUCGCGAAGGACAUUUGCAAAUCACUUUGGUGUCACCGAGUGGGCCACAGGUGUGAGACCAAGUUUAUGCCUGCAGCGGAGGGGACCGUGUGUGGCUUGAGCAUGUGGUGCCGGCAAGGCCAGUGUGUGAAGUUUGGGGAGCUCGGGCCCAGGCCCAUUCACGGCCAGUGGUCUGCCUGGUCCAAGUGGACAGAAUGUUCCAGAACAUGUGGUGGAGGUGUCCAGUAUCAAGAGAGACACUGCAAUAACCCCAGACCUCAGUAUGGCGGCAGGUUCUGUCCCGGUCUGAACCGUCUCUACCAGCUGUGUAACACGGACCCUUGCCAUGGAAAUAGCCUGGAUUUCCGAGCCCAGCAGUGUGCAGAAUAUAACAGUAAACCUUUCCGGGGGUGGUUCUACAAGUGGAAACCGUACACCAAGGUGGAAGAGGAAGACCGGUGUAAACUGUACUGCAAGGCCGAGAACUUUGAAUUUUUUUUUGCCAUGUCUGGAAAGGUGAAGGAUGGAACUCCUUGCUCUCCCAACAAAAAUGAUGUUUGCAUCGAUGGGAUUUGUGAACCAGUGGGAUGUGACCAUGAACUUGGCUCUAGAGCAGUAGCGGAUGCCUGUGGCGUUUGCAAAGGUGAUAAUUCGACGUGCAAGUUCUACAAAGGCCUGUAUCUCAACCAGCACAAGGCAAAUGAAUAUUACCCAGUGGUCACUGUCCCCGCGGGGGCCUGGAGCAUUGAGAUCCAGGAGCUUCAGAUCUCGUCCAGCUACCUGGCUGUUCGGAGCCUCAGUCACAAGUAUUACCUCACGGGGGGCUGGAGCAUCAACUGGCCUGGGGAGUUCCCUUUCGCCGGGACCACCUUCGAAUACCAGCGCCCCUUCAACCACCCAGAACGCCUCUCUGCACCAGGACCCACCAACGAGACGCUGGUCUUUGAAAUUCUGAUGCAAGGCAAAAACCCGGGGAUAGCCUGGAAAUACGCACUCCCCAAGGUCGCCAAUGGAACCCCACCCGCCUCGGAGAAACACGUGCACUCGUGGCGCACCUCACGGGCCGACUGCUCUGUCUCCUGCGGAGGAGGCUACAUAAGUAUAAAGGCCAUUUGCUUGCGAGAUCAAAAGACUCCAGUCAAUUCCUCAUUCUGCAAUCCCAGAACCAAGCCGGCCACUGAACCUAAAAUCUGCAAUUCUUUCUCCUGCCCUGCCUACUGGAAGCCAGGUGAAUGGAGCGAAUGCAGCAGGUCAUGUGCCGGGGGCCAGCAGAGCCGGAAGAUCCAGUGUGUGCAGAAGCAGCCCUUCCAGCGGGAGGAGGCCGUGGUCCAUUCUCUCUGCCCCGUGAGCACGCCUGCUCAAGUGCAGAUGUGCAACACCCACGCCUGCCCCCCAGCAUGGAGCCCGGGGCCCUGGUCGCAGUGUUCCAAGACCUGUGGGCGUGGGGUCCGCAAACGAGAAGUCCUGUGCCAGCGACCUUCCACGCCCGGAAGCCUGCCCGACAGCCUGUGUGCGGGCAGCCCCCGGCCAGCGUCCCAGGAGGGCUGUGUUCUCGGACGGUGCCCGAAGAACACCCGGCUGCAGUGGACUGUGUCCCCCUGGAGCGAGUGCUCUGCCACCUGUGGUCCUGGGGUGAGGAAGAGGGAGAUGCGGUGCAGCGAGAAGGCCCCGCAGGACAAGCUGCUGACCUUCCCGGAGCGCAGGUGUCGCCACGUGAAGAAACCUCGCGUGGACUUGCAGGAGCCCUGCAGCCGUGGCCCAUGUCCCGCCAGGCCGGUGUAUGGCGGGGCAGCAGUGGAGUGGUACGCGUCACCAUGGCAACAGUGCACGGUCACCUGUGGAGGGGGUGUCCAGACAAGAUCUGUUCACUGUGUCCAUCGCAACCAGCCUUCUUCGGGUUGUCCACUCGGGCAGAAGCCACCUGUGCUGCGAGCUUGCAAUACCAACUUCUGCCCGGCGCCUGGAAAAAAAGAGGACCCGUCCUGUGUCGAUUUCUUCACCUGGUGCCCUCUAGUUCCCCAGCACGGCGUCUGCAACCACAAGUUUUAUGGCAAACAGUGCUGUAAGUCAUGCACUCGCAAGAGCUGAGCCCCUCCCCACCGC